GUGAACAGAUUUCUUCAGUUGACAUGCUUGGCCAAACUGCUUCUGCAAACAGUUGCUGCUUGCGCUCGUUGAGCCUUUAGGUUAUCUUUGGCAUGCUAGAAGGCAAAUUACGUGAUGCGCUCUUUGCUCAAUGUAAGCUCUGGUCUGGGCGGACUGGUGCUGGCCGACUCCCGGGUGCAGUGGCAGCGGCUGCACGCGCUGUGCCCGCACGCCACGUUCGGCCUCCGGCUUCCCCGGGCAACGACCGCAAGCGCCUCAAGACCUCCCUCCCUACAGAGGCCUAGCACACAGCUCACAGCAUUUGCGGCACGCUCCGGCAGCAGCAGAGCCCCAGGGCAGCACGCGGGCGUCGCUGCUGCACCUGCUGCUGUUCGUUACCGGCGCGGCCCACCACGGAACAUGACAACGCCGGCAGUGCGCGACACGCGCUUGCAGGCGGCAACACACAGAGAUAGAGAGGACGAUGACGUUGACAAUGACGAUGCGCAGUUCGACGGCAGGCCUCGGUAUGCAGGCCGGGGCGGCAGUAGCAGCGACUAUGACGGUCGUGGCGGCCGAGCCAGCUGGCCGCGCCGGGCAGCGCCGGGCCGUGCCCGCGCUGACCCACUCGAACACGAUGAUGACGACGAUGGUGAUGGCGGCAGCGAGGGUGGAGACGAAGACAGCGGGGGGGAGCAGCGGCGCUGGCGCCGGUCGGUGCCGCCGACGGCCGCGGGGCCGCUGAGCCGCAGUCGGCGUGUGGCGCUGCUGCGCAAGCCCGCCAUGACUGCGGCCGACAAGACCUACCUGCCGCCGGAGGAGCGGCGACGUAUCUUCUGGGCGCUGCGAACACCCAAAGGCACGCGCCCCGGAUCCUUUUCCAGGUCCCAGCCCCCGCCAUCUGCGCCCCCGUCGCCGCUGCUGCGUGUGUUCUGCCACGGCAUUGACGACGUGCGGCUGUACCGGGCGCUGUCGGAGGCGGGGGCGCUGGGGCGGGUGGUGGUGGCGGCCAGUGUGGGCGAGGCGGACGCGGUGCUGGCGGUGCGCAUCAAGCGGACAGGCCGGGCAGUCAGCAUGGACCUGGUGACCCGCUCCGCCCGCAAGGCCGGCAAGCCGCUGCUGGAGCUGCCCGCCAUCUCCGCCGUGCGCGUCAUGGAGGCGGUGCAGGCGCUCACGGGCUGGCCGGUGCCCGCGCACCUGCGCCGCAGCCCCACGGCGCCCGGCGGCGUGGCCUACCUGCCGGCGCUGGAGCCGGGCACGGACGGCGCGGCGGAGGCCCUGGUGCUCAUGGCGGGCGGGCACGCCUCCUCACUCGCUGAGUACUUGGCCCUUCGAGGAGCCGGUCAGGGCGGCGGCGGCGGUGGCGGCCCCUCGGGCGCCGCCGCCUGGUCGCGGGCGGUGCAGCCGGCGCCCGAGCUGGUGGCGGAGCUGGACGCAGCUGACGUGUAUGACAGCCGGGAGGCGGACAGGCCUGCCAACCCGCAGGACCGGGAGGCCCGCCGGCAGCCGGCGCUGUCGCGGCCGCACAUGCCGGGCAGCCGCCAGGAGCGCAUCCGCCUACGGCUGGAGCUGGAGCGGCGGGCGGCGGAGGAGGCGGGGCUGGUGGACUGGUGACCGUCUGGUUGCGGUCUGGUGGCGGUCUGGUGGCGGUCUGGUGGCGGUUUGGUUCAAAGGCAUGCGCGAGCGGGUGUGUUUCUGCGCUCGGGCUCGGCAGGAAGCACGGGCCGCGGCUAGAGCUAGCGGCUGGUCAUAUGCUCGGAGGUCUGCGGCGGGGUGGGUUGGUGCCAGGAUGGACGGGCCACACGGCAGCGUGCUGUUACAGGCGCAACAGUGUGGCAGUGGGGCUUCAGGAGCGCGGUGUGAGAGCGGCCCGGUCAAAGGAAACAGCGACCUUCAAGCCUCUGGUCUGUGUAGGCGCUGCUGUGAAGCCCGGCCCGGCUGAGUGACCGCCCGCCUGCGCCCGACUUGCCCGGCGCCAGCCUCCGACCCGGCCGCUGGCGCAGCCUCCUCCUCCUCCCCAGUGGACUCAGUGGCGCUCCUUGCGCUUCUGCGGCACGUCAUGAAUGGCACACGCACGGGCAGGGUGAGGGACAGUGCUGCCAAGUCGUAGCAGUGGCUGCAGCAGCAGUUACUGCCGCGCAUGGGCCGCACUGCCUCCUGGUCGCCACUCACCCACAUGAACUUGGGCUCCUCGCAGCGCGGCUGCACGGGCAUGGUCGAGCAGUACGGCACGUACCUGUGUGGCGUGUACGGUAAUGGUGUGUGUGUGUGUGCGCGUGUGUAUGUGAUUGUGUUGGAUUGUACAAGGGACGGAAACGCGUGGUGUGUAUGUGUUCUCACGUCAUUGCGGGGCCACCAACUAUGACCUAGCUAGCCCCCAGUCAAGCCGGCCCCGGAUGUGCUCACUCGAGGUGGUUGUAGGCUGCGUCGUUGAGUUGGCGGCGGACGUGGUACUCCCAGGCGGUCUUGGGAAUCUUGGCGUGAGCCUGCGGGUGGCACCAGCGCGUGUGGGUUGAGGUCGUGUGAGGCGGGUGAGGUCGUGCGUGCGGCAUUUGGUGGCGUCACUGGCUCAAGAGUUGAGCUGUCAAGAGGCGGACGAACAAUGGUGGCCGGUUGUAAGCUAUGGAUAAG